UACUCGUAUUUAUAUUCAACCUUUGAUAAUUCAUCUUCAGGACACCUAAAAGUCUAAAUACUUUUAUUUGCUCUUAGCGUAUCCAUUUUUUCAAACUCCUUUUGCCGAUGGAGAAAGAUACAAAACACGGCGAUAUAAUUUUCCGAUCAAAACUCCCUGAUAUAUACAUCCCUAAUCACCUUCCUUUACAUUCCUACUGUUUCGAAAACAUUUCCGAGUUCAGUUCUCGUCCUUGUUUAAUCAAUGGAGCCAACAAACAAAUUUAUACGUAUGCUGAUGUUGAACUCAAUUCAAGAAAAGUUGCAGCUGGCCUUCACAAGCAAGGGAUUCAACAAAAAGAUACAAUCAUGAUCCUAUUGCCUAACUCCCCAGAAUUUGUGUUUGCUUUCAUUGGUGCAUCGUACCUUGGAGCUAUUUCUACAAUGGCCAAUCCUUUGUUUACUCCUGCUGAGGUUGUGAAGCAAGCCAAGGCUUCUAGUGCUAAGAUCAUUGUCACACAAGCGUGUCAUGUUAACAAAGUGAAAGAUUAUGCAUUUGAGAAUGAUGUGAAGAUCAUAUGCAUCGACUCCGCCCCGGAGGGCUGUCUCCAUUUCUCCGUGCUAACUCAGGCCGAUGAGCACGAUAUUCCGGAGAUAGAAAUCCAACCCGACGAUGUGGUGGCGUUGCCGUACUCCUCCGGGACGACGGGAUUACCUAAAGGAGUGAUGUUGACGCACAAGGGACUUGUCACAAGCUUGGCACAACAAGUUGAUGGUGAAAAUCCGAAUUUGUAUAUCCAUAGCGAGGACGUGAUGCUUUGUGUGUUGCCCUUAUUUCAUAUCUAUUCCCUCAACUCCGUUUUGCUUUGUGGAUUAAGGGUUGGAGCAGCGAUUUUGAUUAUGCAGAAAUUUGAUAUUGUUCCGUUCUUGGAGUUGAUACAAAGUUACAAGGUGACAAUAGGGCCGUUUGUACCACCUAUUGUUUUGGCCAUUGCUAAGAGUCCUAUGGUUGAUGAUUAUGAUCUUUCAUCAGUAAGAACUGUCAUGUCUGGGGCUGCACCAUUAGGAAAGGAGCUUGAAGAUACUGUUCGAGCCAAAUUUCCUAAUGCUAAACUUGGUCAGGGUUAUGGUAUGACAGAAGCUGGACCAGUGUUGGCAAUGUGCUUGGCAUUUGCAAAAGAACCCUUUGAAAUAAAAUCAGGGGCAUGUGGAACAGUUGUGAGAAAUGCUGAAAUGAAAAUUGUGGAUCCUGAAACUGGUAAUUCUCUUCCCAGGAAUCAAUCUGGAGAAAUUUGCAUUAGAGGAGACCAAAUCAUGAAAGGCUACCUGAAUGAUCCAGAGGCCACAGCAAGAACAAUAGACAAAGAAGGAUGGUUAUAUACAGGUGACAUUGGCUACAUUGAUGAUGACGACGAGCUUUUUAUUGUGGAUCGAUUGAAGGAACUAAUUAAAUACAAAGGAUUUCAAGUUGCACCUGCUGAGCUCGAAGCCCUCCUUCUCAACCAUCCCAACAUUUCUGAUGCUGCUGUUGUUCCCAUGAAAGACGAGCAAGCGGGAGAAGUUCCAGUGGCUUUUGUUGUUAGAUCCAAUGAAUCCACCAUUACCGAAGAUGAAGUCAAGGAUUUUAUUUCAAAGCAGGUGAUAUUUUAUAAGAGGAUAAAGCGGGUAUUUUUCGUGGAUGCUGUUCCUAAAUCUCCAUCUGGCAAAAUCCUUCGAAAAGAUUUGAGAGCUAAACUGGCUACUGGGCUUCCAAAUUAAUACUUUCAGCUUCAGCUUUAAUAGUGGCAAUAACUAUAACCAGUUCGCCAUUGAAGACAAUUUAUUUUUUAUUAAAAAGUUACAUAAUAUGUUCUUUGGAUUGUACCUUCAACUACGUGCCUCUUCGGUCAGAAUUAAUUAACCGAAUUGGCAAAAGGAGGAAAAUGUAUGUACAUUUGACUGUAAGGACUUCAAUUUUUUAAAUGUCUUUUUGGUAUUAUUUAUUCA